GUGUACAAACUUGUUGUGCAAGUUGGUAACAAGACGUGGUUCAUUUUUCGACGGUACAAUGAAUUUCACACCCUUUAUGAAAAGGUACGUCUCAGAGUCAUAUCUGUCCGUAAUUAUGUUUCACAGUAUUGCUAAUGAAAAGUAAUUGGGAUUAACACUGAAUACAAUAAGUUACCUGUUAAGGCCGAAUUGACACUACACAACUUUUGCCUAAAACUGUCGCAUACAACCUGCUUACAACUUGAGUUGUACUGUGUAAAUCAAGCACACAACUCACCUACGACAAUGUAGACAUGUUGUGUGCUUGAUUUACACAGUGCAACUCAAGUUGUAAACAGGUUGCAUGCAACUGUUUUAGGCAAACGUUGUGUAGUGUAAAUAAAUUGGCCUUUAAGUUGCAAUGUGCCGUGAUGUGCCUUACUCUACUAUUUUACUCUAUAUAACAUCAGACAAUUGCACUUGUUACAAGGAGAGUGCUAACCCUCGAUAGGUUACUGUCGUUCCAAUUGAAGUGUUGCUCAAAUAUUGAUUCAAUACAUUACCUCGGGCUGACCAAUUCAUUUCAUCAAGUUCCUCGAGAUAUUCAUACACUUCCUGUGAAAGAGCCAAUUCCAAGUAUUUGAUAAUUUCUGGUCACUUCCUUUCUAUAUAUGAUUGGUUAGUUGCACAAACAACAAAGGUGAUUGGUGCAUUCAAACUAUUCAACAGGAAGUUUACAAUUAUACUAGGAAGUGUAUGAAUAUCUAGAGGAACUUGAUGAAAUGAAUUGGUCAGCCCGAGGUAAUGUAUUGAAUCAAUAUUUGAACAACACUUCAAUUGGAACGACAGUAACAUUAUAAAUGUUUAUUUUUUUCAUAAAAUUGCCUGCAAUGCUGGUAAGGACAGAAUCAAUAGUUUUUCGAGAUGCAUCAGCAAGACAGAUUUUCAGAAUUGCUCUGGGGGAUGCCAAAAUUUCAGGGGGGGAGAUGAGCAAAGGGGGGGAGGGGACGAGCAAGGGAGUAGCUCUGUGAGCAAGUUGCAGCAGAGGUCUGGGAGGCAAAGCCCCCAGGAAAUUUUGAGAUUUUUGGUCUUAUUUCAAAAUCCUUGUUUUUAGGCUUAUUUAGUUCAAAAUUUCAAUCAUAUGCUACUAUCAAUUAAUCCAACAAGUAUUUAAGUUUGUGGAGGGGGGUAUAAAUUUCUCUAGGUGGGGUAGCAAAACUUUCUGAGGGGUGCCAAAUACUUGGGAGGAGGGUGGUCACCCCCUGAGUGGGAAGAUUGAAAUAUAAUGACACCCAUUAUUUACAUACCAUUAACCCAUUGACGUUUUACACAGACUAAAACAGACUUUUUUGUUAUUCCCACAUUGUGACAUGUAUAGAACUGAACAGACAAUGGCAAAAUUUUACAUCUAAUAUGUCAUAUUUUUUUCAGCUAAAGAAGAAGUAUCCAGAACUCCAUUUUAAAUUACCUGGAAAGAGAAUCCUUGGAAAUAAUUUUGAUCCAGGUAAAUUUAACAGGGGUUGGGCAACAACUGUUUUAGAAAAAUGGUAGUUUUGAUAGUAUGGUAUUUUGUCAGGAUGGUAGUUUUGAUAGUAUGAUAUUUUGGCAGGAUGGUAGUUUUGACAGGGUGUUAGAAUGGUAGUUUUGACAGGACGGUAGUUUUGACAGGAUGGUAGUACUGUAUGGUAGUUUUGGUAGGAUAUUACUUUUUGUAGGAUGCUGCUUUUUGUACAGUGUUAGUUUUAGUACGAUGGUAGUUUUGGUACAGUGGUAUUUUAGCAGGUUGGUAGAAUGGUAGUUUUGACAGGAUGGUAGUUUUGACAGGAUGGUAGUUUUGACAGGAUGGUAGUGUUGGUAGAAUGGUAGUUCUGACAGGGUCGUAGUUCUGACAGGGUGGUAGGUUUGACAGGGUGGUAGUUUUGACAGGGUGGUAGUUUUGACAGGGUAGUAGUUUUGACAGGGUGCUAGUUUUGACAGGAUGGUAGUUUUGACAGGAUGGUAGUUUUGACAGGGUGGUAGUUUUGACAGGGUGGUAGUUUUGACAGGGUGGUAGUUUUGACAGGGUGGUAGUUUUGACAGGGUGGUAGUUUUGACAGGGUAGUAGUUUUAGUAGCAUGGUAGUUUUGGUAGGAUACUACUUUUUGUAGGAUGCUGCUUUUUGUAGGAUGCUGCUUUUUGUAGAAUGCUGCUUUUUGUAGGAUGGUAGUUUUGGUUGGAUGGUAGUAUUGGUUGGAUGGCAGUUUUGAUAGGAUGGCAGUUUUGAUAGGAUGGUAGGUUCUGUAGGAUGGUAGUUACGUUGGCAGCAUGGUAGUUCUGAUAGGAAGAUAGUUUGAUAGGAUGGUAGUUUUGGCAGAUGGUAGUUAGUUCUGGUAGGAUGGUAGUUUUGAUAGGAUGGUAGUUUUGAUAGUAUGAUAGGCUUUCUAAUUAAAACUACCAUCCUAUCAGAACUACCAUGCUACUAAAAGUACCAACCUGUCAAAACUAUCGUCCUGUCAAAACUACUAUGCUGCCAAAACUAUUGUACCAUCCUAUCAAACUACCUGCUACCGUCCUAUCAGAACUACCAUGCUGCCAAAACUACCAUACUGUUGUAACUACCAUCAUGGAUGAUAGUUUUGGCACUGGCAGCAUGGUAGUUCUGAUAAGAUGGUAGUUUUGGUAGUAUGGUAGGAUGAUAGUUCCGGUAGGAUGAUUAAUUUCAAUAGGUUGGUAGUUUUGGCAACAUGUUAGUUUUGAUAGGAUGGUAGUUUUGAUAGUAUGGUAAUUUUGAAAGGAUGAGAGAGAGAAUGGUCGUGUUUAUAUAGGCAAGGGGGACAUGACUGUAGUUUCAAACAGCGAGCAGUCAUUACUAUAAGACUUUUCAUUUGACAGAAUUCAUACGUGCAAGAAGAGAAGGUCUAAAUGAUUUCGUUACAAAGCUGUUGGCAAUACCAAAGAUCACAGAACAGUGA